GGCACCAUCGUGUUUCUCGCGAACUUUUUCAUAAGAAUCAUUAGUCAAAUCGCAAAUUCCUCACACAUGCAACAUCUCCAUUGCUGGAACACUUUCCCCGCUCUUAUCUAAACGCGUUUUCCACUGAUCAGAUCACUAAAUGCUCCGACUUACUUAAACAGAAAGAAGGAAUAAAGUUACAUUAGGAGCGAAAAAAAGUCCAAAGUUUCAUUUAACUGUAAGAAUCAAUGCAGAGAUAAAUUCGAACGAUUGUCUUCACUCUCAAUUUAAGCACAGUCUACUUUGGGCUUUUUGAAAAAGCGUAAUUCUAUUCCGUAAAUGAAUUUGAGCAAGACCGGAUUUGCCAUGAUUCCAUACCUAAAGCUAAGAUUAAACUUGAAAUUAUCUCGACGGUGGCUGUGAGUGAAGUUCUAUCGCUCACCUAACGAAAUUCACAACACUCACAUCCAUCAUUUCAUUUAUUGGAGACUUGGAGAGGACGCUUUUUUGCCUGAAUGUACAAAUGAUCCGCGCCCCUCCUCCCCCUCCUUUCAAUAAUAACUCGAGAUUUAAGCGCCUCUGGUUUUUCUGAACUCAAAAGUUUCCAAAGUUGCUGAAAUAAUAUGCGUUUCACACUGUUUUCUCAGUAUUAUCUGCCAAAUUUCUAUUUUUUCUUCUUCUUUUUCCUCUAAGGAUUUCUCAGGAUUGUCAGUGUCUUGCAUUGUUGCGAACAGAAAAAAAUUAAUAGAGUAUUCCACCGAAUUUAUUGUAGCAUGAAAACCUUUAAUAUUUGUAUUUAUUUUUUUACAAACUACGCGCCUACUAACAUUUUUAUGCAUUCAUUUUGUAUUUUGACUUUAUUUUUUCGUUGCCGUCCGUUUUAUUCUUGUUACUUUAGGCUGGUUUUUCUCCACUCCUGAUAUCAAUUUAUUGUCUUUAGUUCUUAAUGUUUACAUUUUUUCUAGAUUUACUGGUAAGUCGCAUGAACUUAUAAGUCUCUCUUUUCAUCGUAUUGUAUGCAAUUCUCUCACAUCUGAAAUGUAACAUGUUUUAUGUCUACGUUGAAAUUGUUUAAAGUAUUGUCUCACCUUUACACAGUGAUCGUUCAAGUAACUUUAUACGCGUUAUUUCCGAAUUUUUCUAGGUACCUUUUGUACCCCCCCCCCCCCCAAUCGUAAAUUCUAUGUCGCUUUGUCAAUAUCGAUAUCGUGAUACGAGUAUCAUCAUUUUUUCUCAUAUCAAUACCGAAAAUCGUCAAAUUGUUUCUGCAAACGUUUUCAACAGAAAAUUCGCGUGUUAUUUCUUCGCCACCAACUUACUUGUUAAUAUUAUUCAAUUUUCAGUGAAGUGAUUUGUUGUGUGUUAAAGAUGUACUAUUCUAGUGAAGUGAUCCUCGUUAAUUUUUAGAGUGCCUACUCGAAAGUGCAUCCUUUCGUUAUUAACGGAGAUCAGAGAACUUUUUUGGGACUCAUUCGUGAGGAUGAGGAAUCUAAUCGUCAGUACUUUCAGGUGAAUAUGUAUAGAUUUACUUUUACCUCCGAAUUUCUCUCUCGUGACUUUGUCAAUGUUAUGUGACUUUGAUUAAAAAGCAUCGCAAAAAAAAAAAUCGAAUAUUAAAAAGUCGGUUUAGAAAAUUAGGUAAUGUGACUUUUAUAGGUUUUUUUUUAUUUAACGCGUAAUGUUUAUGUCAAUAAUCAAAAAUGUACGAAUCGACAGUAGCUCAGUAUUGAAUUUCAUUAAACAUAGUCAAUAUUCUUUUUAAUAUAAACUGUACUUUUGGUGAACAUACAAUCGUACGCACUGUUUCAAAUAACUUCAAGGAAAAAAAGUACGAGAAGAAUACCUAAUUUGUGCAAAAUCAAGCAGAUCAACUUGAUACGUGAAUCAAUGACGCGCCGUUAUCAACAAAUUGUGCUGGAGUUUUUUUUGCGUGUUUAAAUUUCUUUCUGGGUUUCAAGUGAUGUGUUGAAACAAUGAAUUCCGAGUUUUUUUGUGUUUUCGUUAUAAUCGUUGAAAAAACAUUUCGUUACCGUCGUCUCUCCAGAAUUACCCAGAUAAGGAGCGAGUGCAAAGAUCGAAGAAGCUAGCCCUGGAUUUCCUGAGCUUCCGGCACCACCUGGAGAUGGCCGGCGUCGGCGGCGGCGGCGACGACUCGGACAGCGCGGAGACGGCGCGGACAAAGCCGGACCUGGAGUCGUUGGUGUCGAGCUACAAGUCGUGGGCGUUCCACCCGGAGGUGGAGUACAUGCGGGACCUGGUCGGCGAGCGGCCGCAGUACGUUUGCAACACCUGCGGGAAGACCUACCAGUGGAAGCAGGGGCUCAAUACCCACAAGCGGCUGCACUGCGGCAAGGAGCCGCGCUUCCAGUGUCCGCACUGCCCGAAGAAGUGCUACCAGCGGGGCAACCUCGAGAGUCACAUCAGGAACGUCCAUUCAGGCCUCGUCCAGAACAACGGGCUCGGGCUGGCCCUGUCGGCCCUCUCCGGCAGCGGCAUGCAGAUCAUCAGGCGCGGCCCAGUCGCCACCAGUUCUUUCACCAGCAGUAUUUGAUGCUCCUUCGUCAUCGUCCUCGUUCUCGUCGUCGUUGUCAACGUUCUCCUUGUUCUACUUAGAGUCCCUUUAUACUGAGAGUCAAGACAAUACCCCUCAUGGAGUCACAAACGGGAAUAAAGAUUACAGAAAUUGAA